UUCUGCCAGAGAAAAGAAACAUUCAAAAUCCUGAGAAGCAACUCCCCUGUUUUCUUCUCAUGUGUCAUAACAAACGUAUAUAUAAACAGAACAGAUCUAUGUGGGUGUUAUAUGUAUGAGCUAAUAAUGAAUCAAUUUCUUACCAUUUUUAUAGCAAAUCUUGGUUAGGCCCUUCUUUUUUCAUGCCCCACAACUCUCUCCCUCGAUCACAUCAUAUCAGUGGGGAUCCUUUUUCUCUUAACAGCCUCUCUUUUAGGUAGGAGAGAAAGAGAUGGAAGCAACAAUGGCAAGAAAAGCUCUCCUUUUGUUUUCCAUGAUUAUGGGGUUGGCUAGUUUUACUGUUUUCCAUGUUUGUGGAGAGCAUUCUCAGCUUUCCGAUGGUCAUGAUAAUCGUGACAAAGUGCGAAAAAUGCAAGCCUUCAGGGCCUCCUUUGUCCGGCAUGAUUCAGUUUCUCUUCCACCAUCAGUCUCGCCUUCUCCUACCUCUGCCCCGCAACCACCAACGGCUGCAUCAAGUGGACACGUGUAUCAUGUGACAUCGUACGGUGCAGAUCCAACAGGGAGAAGCGACAGCACAGGAGCACUCCUUCGAGCAAUAUCAGACGCAGUCCAAGGUGCAAGCUCAGGGUCAUUGAUGGGGGGAAUACAAAAUCUUGGGGGUGCUCGGAUUGAUCUUGACGGUGGCAAUUACAUGAUUAGCCAACCCCUACGAUUGCCGGCCACCGGUGUCGGAAACCUCAUGAUACAUGGAGGAACAAUAACUGCCACGGACGAUUUUCCUGCUGAUGGUUAUCUGAUUGACUUGUCAGCUUCAACGACUACUAACAAUGAAGAAAACAGAGGGAGCCCUUCCAUGGAUGGACAGCAAUUAUCCGCCUCAUCAUCCUACAAUUAUGAAUACAUAACCCUCAGAGACCUGAUGUUGGAUUCAAACUACAGGGGUGGUGGCGUUGCGGUCAUAAACUCACUUAGGACUAGCAUAGACAACUGUUACAUUGCCCAUUUCACCACCAACGGAAUUCUAGUCCGUGGCGGCCAUGAAACCGGCAUCCGGAACUCCUUCCUCGGCCAACACAUCACCGCCGGUGGCGAUCCGGGCGAAAGAAACUUUUCAGGGACUGCAAUAAACCUCAUGGGCAACGAUAAUGCCGUCACCGAUGUCGUGAUUUUUUCGGCUGCCACAGGAAUAAUGGUUUCGGGUCAAGCCAACAUAUUUUCUGGGGUGCAUUGCUACAACAAGGCCACCGGCUUCGGCGGCACCGGGAUUUAUCUGAAAAUGCCUGGUUUGACGCAAACCCGGAUCGUGAAUUCUUACAUGGAUUACACCGGAAUCGUUGCGGAAGAUCCUGUGCAGCUUCAUAUCUCCAAUAGCUUUUUUCUUGGUGAUGCAUACAUUGUCUUAAAAUCAAUAAAUGGGGUUGCCAAGGGAGUCAACAUUGUUGACAACAUGUUUACUGGUUAUAAUAAAGGAGUUGAAAUCGUUCAAUUGGAUGAAUCCAAAGGGUCUUUCAAAGAUAUUGAUCAAGUUAUUGUUGAUAGGAACAAUGUGAAAGGGAUGAACAUCAAGACAACAGUUGCAAGGGGGUCUGUGAAGGGGACAGGAAGUUCAUGGACUGUCGAUUUUAAUCCUGUUCUUCUGUUUCCCAACCUCAUUAGGCACGUGCAGUAUUCAUUAAGCACUGCCGGUAGCCACUUCCCAAACCAUGCCUUGCGGAAUGUUUCCAACAACCGUGUUGAGAUUCAGACGGACGUGGAUGUUCCGGCCGAUGUGUUUGUUACGGUAGAUCAAGGGGUAGCAAGUUAAGGUGAUCGAUUGACCUAAGCUUUGGGAUCAAGAAGUUCUGACUUCCUAAAUGUGAAUAGGUCGGCAGAUUGAUCCAUUUAGUUUUUAAUUUCUUAUAAUUAAGCUAUUUUAUGAUACAAAGAUCUCAAGUAGUUGACAACACAACAUGUAGUGAUGCUGGAAAAGUGUAACAAAUAAAAUAAAGGGUUAAAUAUUUACUUGCC